UCAAUUUAUAUAUUUUUUAGUCGACUUCCGAUCAACCAACGAGAAUACUUUCGGAARACUUCGGGUAAAAGGCACCGCUGAUCACAAUGUCCGUCGUCUUAGUAACCACGUGAUAUUUUUCGCGCCAAAAAAUUGUUUAUGUCGAUCAGAUGAGCCGGCUUCCUGCAGAACAACAAUGGAUCAGCCAACUUUAACAGAAUAUUACAGCACUAAAAAGCGUCCGAUUGAAGGUAUCAACCCUGCAAAGAGAAGAAAAGUUAUCGACACAGAAGCAGUAGUGAUUUCUGAAGUGCAAAGUACAAGGGAAAGCGCCCGAAUCACCCGGCAAAGAGCGAAGACAAACGCUCCCAAACCGAUUCGCGCUGUUAGGACAAGAAAAGCGAGGACAAAGAAUGUGGCUAAAACUACCGAGAAUUCCAAGCUGCAGGCGUUUUUAAGUCUAGGAAUUAAAGCAGUUACUGAGGAGGCUGAGAAGGUAGUAUGUGAAGUGACAUCGACUGAAGAUGACCACGAGGUUGAACGUGCGUCUUCGAAGGAGACGCCAUCUUUGGAAAGAGCUUCAACGCGAAGAAGAAAGCUACAACCAAAACAAGUUGUAAAUAAACUCGAAACGCAAGGAUCGGACGCAGAUAUUAUCGAAAAUACGAAAGUAAAGACUGCUUCUAGAACGCGUAGAAGUAAAAGAAGCCAAAAGAAAGAAAUCGAAGUUACAAAUGAGGUGGAAAAGCUAAAAGAGUCUGCGUCUGUUGAAAAGAAUGUUGAAAAUGAAAUCACAGAGGAUACUAAGGUCAAGGAUAAAUCCGCCUCGAACAAGAAUCAAACCAAAUCCAAGCAGUCAGUUAUGGUUCCUGAGAAAUCUCCAAUCAAGGCAGUUUCUUCUAAGUCUGGUGGGUUAAAGAUUAAUCCUUGGAUCGCAGAACAAGCUAACAGAGUUCUUCUUAGCAGAGGACAGGCUGCUUUACUUCUCAGCCAGCAAAAGAAUGCARACACCCAACAAACUCGCCCAAGAAGUAAAGAGAAGAAACCUGUCGCUGAGAAGAGUAGGUUGGCAAAGGAUAAAGCUCAAGAAGGGCUGGAGAAAGCUAGAGAACUCAUUAAGAAAAUGAGGACUUUAGAAGCUGAUUCUUCUAAACCUAAAGAGAGCAGCACUGAUGAUACGUCUGAGAGGCUGCACAAGCUGGCAAAGAGGCAGGCUACAGAGAUGGCGUCAGAUGAGUCUGCAAGCUCAUCCAAGAAACCUCCAGCUCACGAGAGAUUCCAUUCCUUGGCACAACCAACCCCACCGCCAUCAACAGCAUCCGUUACCCUCCCUCUUCCUUAUAAAUACAAAGUUCUUGGCGAGAUGUUCACCAGCUGUGACACUAUCCUCAACCUUCUGGGCCAAAGAAAGGAAGCUUGUACCUUUGAAAAACUCAAAGAAUCAGUUCAACAAAUGUGUAGAAAGAGAUUUGAGAAGACCCACUUGGCACAGAUGCUUUCCCUCUAUCCAUCAUGUUAUGAUACUCAGCAAGYGCGCAGUAGUUCCAAGUCAGCGUCUUAUAACCUAGUAAUCCAAUUUGGGCCGGGCAAGAACUCUACCGAAAACAGGCUGACAGUCCCACCAGCAGAACUGUUGUCCAGGAAAAAGAAUUUCCAGGAUAAACUUCUUACAGUCACCAAGAGACACCAUCAGACUUUUCUAAGAGGCCUUGAAACACCACUGACCAUUGACGAUGAGAAGAUCAUUCGAUGGCAUCCACAGUUUCGGCUCGACGAUGUUCCUGAUAUUGAAAAGAUGCCACUUCCUGAAGCCCCUGUCAUUAAGACAAUCACUUCUGCACAAGAUGUUCUGGAUAAGGGACGAGGAUUUCUUGCUCCAAAGGUAGAGAAGGCUCUCCAGAAUGCAGCGAUGAAAUCAAAAGAAAAAUCCAGAAUCGAAAUCACGUAUGACAGUCAGCCUAAAGGUGAAGAGAGCAACACAAAAACCAGUAACGUGAAGGUCAACAAAGCACUAAGAGGUGUCUCACAGGAUUUAUUAAACAAGAUUCGUCAAAAGGAAGCAAGAAAGCUUGAAGAGAAGCUCAUGAGAGAUCCAGUACUGGACAAAAACAUGGCAAUGCAAGAAAGACUGCCAGAACUAUGUCGAAUACUAAAAACUUAUUUUACAACAGAGAAAAAAGCAGCUAUUCCACUAGAAGAUGCUACAGUUAAACUCUCUGAAAGCUAUAAAUCCUCAUUAUCUCCAGGACAAGUUGAGGAGCACUUGAAGUUGUUAUCAGAAAUAGCACCAGAGUGGAUCUCUGUGCUGAUAGUGCGCAAGUGUCCGUACAUCAAAAUCAACAGAAAAACAGACAUUAACUCUGUCAUCAAAAGAGUUACGCAGACAGAACUCAAAUAACUGUUAUUUUAAAGAAUUGAUUGCAGUAUCUUCAUUGCAUACACUAGAUUCAUCAGUUGUAGUAAUCAGUGCAGGGGUUGAGAAGAUCAUCAACUAGCCAGAGAGUCUAAGUCCGUCUGCACGCAGGCUAUGAACAAUAAGGACUUAAAGAAAAUCGAUGACCUCAAGUCCAGAGAGGAAUCGUUCUGGGCCUGGUUUACGAAGCCUGGAUAGCGCUAUCUCACUGAUAAAUCUUAUCCACUGGAUAAAUUUAUUGGAAAGCAGCAUCCACUUGGAUAAGGAUUUAUCCACCGGAUAGUGCUAUCCAGGCUUCGUACAACCAGGCCUUGGGGGAUAAAACAAUGGCUUCUUUGCAUAAGAAAAGAGGGCCUAUUCUUUUGUCCCCCAGAACAAUUCCUCUAGAAAAACAAUGCAAAGUGUCUAUGUAGGUGCCUAUUAUGGUGCGCAAAGUAUGACCAGUGAUAAUGUAUUGGCAUACAUCUGUGCACAGGCUUUUGUAUAUUAAACUGACACGUUUCAAAGCCAAGCUGGCUGGUUUUACCACAGAGUGUGAAAGUUCGUUUGGUAGCAAAGCACUUGUGCAUGGAAGUAUGCAAAUAAAUUUAAUGUGGUCAUACAUUGUGCGUUGCACUGUAACACAUGACAGAUACUAACUUGAAUAUUUAUCAAUAAUGAUACAAGAGACUUUCUUUUCUUGUUAUGGCUAUACAUGCAUCAAGAGUUCUGCGCUACUGCUCUAUGCGCAUGCUCCAGGGAACAAAAAGUGGGACCAUAGGUUGUAAAWAUUGUUAUAUCUUAAUCGUAUUUUUCUCAUCAAGCACAAUCUUCAUUAAAAAUUUAAGUGCUAAUUUAAGCUAAUUCCAAAUCAAAUAGAGUGCUCACACUAAAUCUGUGAAACAAAUACUAAUUUUUAGCUCUAAAUAGUGAUAAUUAACCAACAGAAAACAAAGGAUUCUGUAUGAAAUAAUACUAAUUAGUACUAUUUAAUGUUCAUGGUUUUAGUGCGUGCACUCUAUAGUCAAAUACAGGAAUUUUUACAACCCAUGGUCCCACUUUUUGACCCCUUGAGAAUGCGCUUAGAGCAGUAACGCCGAACUCUUGAUGCAUGCAUACUUGCACUUAAACUACAACCAGUUUUAACCAGCUAUAGCACUUAACCUUAAGAAAUGACAUGUUCAUUUUAAAGUUUAGUAUAAGAUUUUUAGUUAUUUUUUAAAAGUUAGUCAUAUUCUUAUUGAUAUGAGAUGUUGUAUAGCGUUAGGAUUUGGCAUUGUAUGCCAAGUAAUCGACAGUUGUUAUGCCUUUACAAUGGUUGCGUGUUGAGCAACAUUGAUUUCCAUCCAUAAACUUUGAUGCCAUGUGCUUGUGGCUAAAAGAAUUA